UACAGAUUGCGCGCUAGUCAAAAGUAACGCCACAAAAAGAAUGAAAUUCACAGCCACUUUUCACCAUAAUUAAUCAAUCAUCAAAUGUUUGUGUGUUUUUUAUAAACUGAAAAGCUAAAACAAAAAAAAUGAGUAAAAAUAAAGUUCGAAAACAUUCUAGUCGUCGUAAAAAAUAUCAAGAAGUAGUUCAAUCACGUGUAAACAAUAAAACUCCUGUUCAAUAUACUCGUCGAUUAAAAACGAAAAAGCAUAAAAAAUUGAAAAACAUCGGCGCGCACAAUUCAAAUUUAAAAAUUUACAAUCGUCCACCGGAUUUUAAUAAUGACGAUGAUGAUGAUUAUGUUCCAGCAAGUUUUAAACAAAUGUUACUCAUGAAAGAAGGUAAAUGGAAAUCUCCAUUUGAUCCAGCUGUUGGAGAUAUUGAAGGUUCCAAAAAGAACAAGAAGGAGAAAGAUAACACCACAGUUCCUACUGUUUUGAAACAAGGCAAACAUGAAUCCGAUGCGCAUUAUUUGGGACGACUGCAUAAAGAAGUUGAAGAUGAAUUGAAUAAAGUGGCAUUCUCCAAGAAACAACACACUGAACUUAUUCCUGUGACAGAAAUGAAAAAAAGUAAAAAGAAACGUAAAGCUAUAAAACGUUUAAAUGAGAAACGUAAAGAGAAACGUUUACAUGCAAUGGAGAAACAAUUAACCGGUUUUGAACAUUUACAAGAUAAAGUGAAAUUCAAUGAAGUAGUUAUGGCGCCUCCAUUACAAUUGACCAAGCCUAAAAUGGUAUUUAAGAAGAAAUUGAACGAAGUACACAGUUUGGAUAAAUUGUUAACAACGUGAAUUACAAUACUGUUAUUUGUAAAUCUAUGAUUAUUUCAAUUUAUUUAAUAAACAAAUAUGUUGAUCUAUGCA